AUGUCUCAAUAUCCACCAGUCCGUCCCUGGGCAACUCUCAGUGCCAUUGACCGGGAUCACGAGUCAGGGAUCCUCUAUGAAGAUGAACGCCAGCAAUGGUUUCGACAGCAUCCAAAUACUGUUCCUCGAACGGAAAAGAGGAGUCGUAAUAGGAGUCAACAUGUCUUCACAGACCGGGGUCCCAGCAUGGCUAAAGACCUUCGUGGUAUUGCGGAACGCGGUGCAGCUCGUCGGAACGGAACUGCUGUGAAUAAAAACGAUGUGCAAGUGCCAUCAUUACCUAAAGUUGCUGAACGUAAAAUCUAA